AUGAUCUCAUCUGUCGCAACCCCACUGCGUACCUCGGUGCUGCGUUCUGCUGCUACUAGAGCGCCUACUGGCUUCUCUGCGAGAAACUUCUCCACCUCCCUCGCAGCUCAAAAGGAAGUCCAGAAUGUGACCGUUUUCGGAGCUGGUCUCAUGGGAGCAGGUAUUGCCCAAGUUUUGGCUCACAAGGGAGGCUACAACGUCACGCUGGCCGACGUUUCCGAGAAAGCCACAGCCGGCGGUCAAAGCAUCAUCUCCAAGUCUCUCACCCGCAUCUUCAAAAAGUCCAUGGCUGACAAAUCGGCAGAGGAGCAAGCUGAAGCUGUGAAAAAGGUGGUGGAUAGCAUCAAGGUCUCUACGGACGGGGCUGGAGCAGUCAAGGAGACGGAUCUGGUCAUCGAAGCCAUCAUCGAGAAUGUGGGGAUCAAGCAGGAAUUGUUCAAGUUCUUGGAUGGCAAGGCUCCCAAGGACGCUAUCUUUGCCAGCAACACUUCUAGCUUGAGCAUCAAGGACGUCGCUGCGACCAUCUCCGAGGAGAGGAAAGCAUUGUUUGGCGGUUUCCACGCGUUCAACCCUGUCCCACAAAUGAAGCUCAUCGAGAUCGUCAAGACAGACCAGACCUCUAAAGACGCUUUUGAGAGCUUGACUGCCGUCGCGAAGAAGAUGGGCAAGGUUCCCGUCAGCUGCGUCGAUUCUCCCGGAUUCAUCGUCAAUCGACUCCUCGUUCCAUACAUGCUCGAAGCCAUUCGCCUGGUCGAGAGAGGAGAAGCUACCAAGGAGGACGUGGACACGGCCAUGAAGCUUGGCGCCGGAUACCCAAUGGGACCAUUUGAACUUGCCGACCUGGUCGGCUUGGACACCUUGUCGCACAUCUCUAGCGGAUGGAGAGAUUCUAGGGUGUCUACAGGGGAGAUUUCGGCGGAAGCUGUCAAAGAAUCUCAGCUGCUCGAGUCGCUCGUCAAGGAGGGCAAGACUGGAAAGAAGAGCGGAAAGGGAGGCUUCCAUCCGCAGUAG